GAUCGCUGGCUCGCCGUGUGAGAUGCCUCACUUGUCUUCUUAUUCUUGCCCAAUGCAUGGCCUUUUAAUUGCCUGCCACUUCCUCAAGGGUCAUCUCAGCUCGAUCGAUCACUUGUGCUAGACAUCGUGUGCUUGCGCGCUGUUCUUGCAGGGGAGUGCAUGCCAUGGAGCUCCGCAACUCUAUGCUACUGGCUCUGAUCCUUGUAGUCACAUGCUCCGCCGUCGCAGUGGCGUAUGAUCCCCUGGAUCCGAGAGGAAACAUUACCCUCAAAUGGGAUAUCCAAUCGUGGACGCCUGACGGAUACGUGGCUAUGGUGACGAUGAACAACUACCAGCAGUACCGUCAGAUCAUGGCGCCUGGGUGGACGCUGGGUUGGUCGUGGGCCAAGAAGGAGGUGAUCUGGUCCAUCGUGGGCGCGCAGGCGACGGAGCAGGGCGACUGCUCCAAGUUCAAGGGCGGCAUCCCGCACUCCUGCAAGCACACGCCCUCCAUCGUCGACCUCCUCCCCGGCGUGCCCUACAACCAGCAGAUCGCCAACUGCUGCCGCGGCGGCGUCGUCUCCGCCUAUGGCCAGGACCCCGCCGGCUCGGUCUCCGCGUUCCAGGUCUCCGUCGGCCUCGCCGGCACCACCAACAAGACCGUGAAGCUCCCCAAGAACUUCACCCUCAUGGGCCCCGGCCUCGGCUACACCUGCGGCCCCGCCACCAUCGUCCCCUCCACCGUCUACUGGAGCACCGACCACCGGCGCAAGACCCAGGCGCUGAUGACCUGGACGGUGACCUGCACCUACACGCAGCAGCUUGCCUCCCGGUACCCGACCUGCUGCGUCUCCUUCUCCUCCUUCUACAACAGCACCAUCGUGCCGUGCGCCCGGUGCGCGUGCGGCUGCGGCGCGCACAAGAGCACGGAGGGCCGCGGCGGCAAGAGCCACAGCGACGGCUGCAUCAUGGGCGACUCCAAGCGGGCGCUGACCCCCGGCGUCAACACCCCCAAGAAGGACGGCGCGCAGCUGCUGCAGUGCACCAACCACAUGUGCCCCAUCCGGGUGCACUGGCACGUCAAGCUCAACUACAAGGACUACUGGCGCGCCAAGAUCGCCGUCACCAACUUCAACUACCGCAUGAACUACACGCAGUGGACGCUCGUGGCGCAGCACCCUAACCUCAACAAUGUCACCGAGGUCUUCAGCUUCCAGUACAAGCCACUCCUACCCUACGGCAACAUCAAUGACACGGGCAUGUUCUACGGGAUGAAGCUCUACAACGACCUGCUCAUGGAGGCCGGCCCGUUCGGCAACGUCCAGUCGGAGGUGCUCAUGCGCAAGGACGACAGCACCUUCACCUUCGGCCAGGGAUGGGCCUUCCCGCGCAAGAUCUACUUCAACGGCGACGAGUGCAAGAUGCCGCCACCCGACGCCUACCCCUACCUGCCCAACUCCGCGCCGCGUUUCCCCGUCGCCUCCACCGUCGCUGCCAUGGCGUGCUUGCUGGUGCUACUCCUACUAGCAUGAUCGAUCAAGAGGGAUCUUUUAAUCCCAUCUUGUUAAUUUCUCAUGUUGGAAUGAGCAGGGCGGUGUAGGUAAGUUGUCAUAUGGUUGAUUGGAUUUUGUGCCAUAGAGGCUGGGUUGCCGAGGAAAAAAUAUGUUGUGCAGUUUUGCAAUUACAAUUCCAAGCCAGAUCUUCUUCAUGUACAACGUAGCUUUCUGAAUUUCGAUUAGGCCUGCUUUGAAAUGUAUAUCUUGGAUCAGAAAAGAAAAUACUAAAAAUAUUGGAUACUUGUCACCCAA